AUGUCAGCAAUCGUCCUUCUCUCUUCCUCCCCGCCCCGAGUAUUUGCCCGCUCGCCGACCCCGGUUGAGUCCUCAUCACCUCUACCCUCGCCGAACACGAUAUUGAAGGGCGGUCGACACGGGCCACCACGGUUCAAGGCCACCGCUAAGACCAGAGAUGGCUUUUCCAGUGGCUUUAGUAGCGCUCGGUCGUUGUUAGCCACAAAGGUCGGGGCGGAGAAUAUCCCGCUGCGCUCUCCCGGCAGAGAAAUGUUUAAGCCGGCGAGCUCAGUUGCUGCUCGAGAUCAUGGUGGAAUUGGCAGUUCGAGCACCAAUUCUGCCACGGAAAAGGUGGAUUUACACCCGGACCCGGAAUCGGCGCAGUUUAAACCCUCACGGUCUCGACCACAAACAUCUAUCCGAAUCCCGGAGACUUUGGCCUGUGCGGAUGUGUUCGAUCUUCCAGAUGCUACACCGCGCAAAGAAUCCCCAACCCAGGAUGGACGCCGCCCCAACGACUCUAGUCCCCUGCACCUGGAACAAGCCCUCCCUCGGCGAUUAGACUGGACUCCGGUAAAACCAAGCGUGAAGACUUCAGUGACUACUUCCGAACCUGAAGAGCCUACUCUAGGCUUCUCAAGAGACCUCCUCGACAACUUCACGUAUGCUGAGCCGAUGCGCCGUGAAGUACACUAUGUAGCAACCAAAGGGGACGCAAACGGCGAGCCAACGAAACGAAGGCGCAUAGACCUUGUGGCGCCGGGGAAUCCCCACGCAGAACCCCCACUCCCUCCGGCUGAUAGCUAUCAGAGCAAAGAGGUGGUAAGGAAGGGCAUCAAGAAGAGGCCUAAACCGCCCACAAAAAAGUUGCUUACAAUUACCGGCUUAGCUACUUCACACUAUGGCCAGGAAUACCGGACAAGUGACAACAAGGUUGCGCCAAUGUUGGAAUAUCUAACCGCUACCCAGCUCGGCGCAGCGGACGAGCCUGAUACCACCGGGGAGAACCUCGCAAAGAAGAGCACAAAACCAAAGAUCAGUCGUAAGAGAACCGGUGCGACCAAGAAGACUUUGGCCAAAAGUCAGUUGUUGUCUCCGACAUCUGCUAUGAAGGCAAUUGAAGGCCAAGAGACUCUUUUCGGGUCUGCGAGCCAACUUGCUCGUGAGGAGUCGCCCACGCUGUUGCGAGAUACACUGGAAGCUCUCAAAAGAUCGGAGUGCGUUUUGUCGUCAGAUCCUAUCUCUCCUCAGCGGACACAGUCGGGCUCGAUUGAGUCAACUUCACCGCACAAUUGUCGAGGAACAACUCGCUUUGUGAAGAAAAGGAAUCUCUGGAGUGCUGCUGGCAGGGACGAAGACAAUGCGCUGUUGCACGUCGAUACAGUUGAUUUGAUUGACUCUCCGGCUGUACGUCUGGCCCUCACUGGGAAAGACGUCCUCUUGCAGCCAGCACAGCCGGGUCUUCAGAGGAGCGAGACGGGUCAUAGAGGGCCAAUCGGUCAGAAUACCGACACUCCACUGGCCAACAAGACAAGCUUGUUGAUCGACAUUGAUGACAUUGUGACUCCAGGACUGCAAGGCUCCGUGCGCCAUUCUAAGAAUACACAAACAAGGUCGUACCAUACCACACGGGUGUUAGGGGAACCGAAGGGGGAAAAGAGAACUGCUGAGCCCAAUUUACCAGAACUUGGGCCCACAGAAGUUGCUGGACCAGCGACACACAAGGCCGUCCCUGUUAAGCCGUGCUAUGCAGGCUUUUCGAUUCAUGAAUUGCAGAAGCAGAUCUCUGCGUAUGGGUUCAAGCCCGUCAAGAAGCGUGAGAAGAUGAUUGAACUCCUCGAGCGAUGUUGGGAAGACAGGCAUGGCGCUCCGCAAAGUGGCGGUGAUAAAGAAGAGGCCCCUCAGGCUACAACACAUGGCGACAUCCUCAGUAAAGUCCAUGAUGUGUCGGCUCGGCCGGUGCCCAAGGUGAAGAAGCCCCGUGCAAAGCGGAAGUCAGAAGCUACGGAGCCCAAGCCUGCAAAGGAACCGAAGCAGCGGAAGAAAGCCGAGCCAAAGGGGAAGAAUCCCGCAAGUAAAGACAUCAAGAAACCACGCAAGAGUACGGGGAAGAAGGUUUCAUCGGAUGAGGCUAUCAUGGACGUGGACGACAUUGAUGUUGAAGCAGGAACCAGCACCAGGGAUGGGCAAGCUCUAGUCUCAGAGAAGCCCCUAUCACGCAAAACAGGAACUCCCAAGGCCAAACUCGCUUCGGCCGCACGAGCCACAAAACCGGCGACUCCACCUCCCACUAUGCCCCCCAUCAGCUUUUCAUCGCCUCCUACUAAUAAAAACUGUUCGAUGGAGGCAGUGACCGGUGAAGGGUCACGCUUGGAGGAUCCCUCCAGGCUCGCUGAACUCAAGAGCGUGGAGCAUACCUUGACACCGGACCAGACACCUCCCAUACCAGAUAUUCAGACCCAAAUCCAUGCGGCUAUACAUUUCCGCCCUGACCCCAAGGCCACGGGCGCCGACUCCAGAAAGCGAGACCAUACCAUGUUCCCAACCUGGCGCGAGAAGAUCCUCAUGUACGACCCCAUCUGUCUGGAAGAUCUGACGGUCUGGUUGAACACCGAAGGAUUUCGUGCUAUUGGUGAAGACCGCGAAGUCGGUCCGCUCGAAGUGCGUGAGUGGUGCGAGGCUAAUGGCGUCUGCUGUCUCUGGAAAGGCGGGUGGCGUGGCAAUGGCCAGGCGCGUGGAAGUGGAAGUGGAAAGAAGAACAGUAGCGCAGUGGGGGACUGA